UUGGAAGGACACAUCACCAUUUUAGAAACCAGCAGAACUUAACUAAUUUCCUUCUUCCUUCCUAACUCUCUUCUACAAUUUCUUAACUCCGAUCCCUAUUGAUCCAUUCGAACUUUUUUUUUUUCUUAAAGCUAAAACCUUUAAUUUUCACCCCAAGAAUCAUGACCAUAUUCAAUUCAAAUCCCAUUUGAUGAUCUCACUACCCUUCUAGCCUAAUUUCCAAAUAUGGGUUUCAAAGAUAGUUGAAGAAUCGCUAGAAAUUUGUUUUGAUUUGGUUCAAUUGUGUGGAGAUUAGAUUGAUUGAGCAUGGGUGAGAGUCAAAUGUUGUUCGGGAAAUACGAGAAAGGCCGGUUGUUGGGCAAAGGCACUUUUGCUAAGGUUUACUACGGCAAAGAGGUGGCCACCGGCGACGGCGUGGCGAUCAAGGUGCUGAGCAAAGAUCAGGUGAAGAAGGAAGGGAUGAUGGAGCAGAUCACGAGAGAGAUUGCGGUGAUGCGGCUGGUGCGCCACCCUCACGUGGUGGAGCUCCGGGAAGUCCUGGCCACGAAGACCAAGAUCUUCUUCGUGAUGGAGCACGUGAAAGGCGGGGAGUUGUUCGCUAAGGUGGCCAAAGGGAAGCUCCGGGAAGACGUCGCCCGGAAGUAUUUCCAGCAGCUGGUCAGCGCCGUGGAUUUCUGCCACAGCCGCGGCGUCUACCACCGGGACCUCAAGCCGGAAAAUCUCCUCCUCGACGAGCACGGCGACUUGAAAAUCUCGGAUUUUGGGCUGUCCGCCUUGCCGGAGCAGCUCCGGAACGACGGUUUGCUCCAUACUCAGUGUGGGACGCCGGCGUACGUGGCGCCGGAGGUGUUGCGACGGAAAGGGUACGACGGCGCCACGGCGGAUAUUUGGUCGUGUGGGGUUAUAUUAUACGUUCUCUUAGCCGGAUUCUUGCCGUUCCAAGAUGAAAACAUGAUGCAUAUGUACCGGAAAAUUUUCAAGGCGGAGUAUGAGUUCCCGGCGUGGUUCUCGCCGGAGUCUCGCCGGAUGAUUUCCAAGCUUUUAAUGGCUGAUCCGGGGAGACGAGCUACAAUCCCAGCCGUAAUGAGAUCUCCAUGGUUCAGAAAGAACCUAACAGUGCCAAAAUCCUUUCUGGCAUCGUCGGAAAAAGUGGAAGAGGAAGAAGAAGAAGAAGAAGAAUCCCGGCGAGAAUUUGAUCCACCGGCACUCCGGAAGUCUCCGUCGUCGCCGGCGUUCUUCAACGCCUUCGAGUUGAUCUCGUCGAUGUCGUCGGGGUUCGAUCUUUCCGGGCUGUUUGAGAUAAAGGGGAAAGCGUCAUCCAUGUUUACGUCGAGGAGUUCGGCCAGAGAUGUGGUUGGGAAAAUUGAGAAAAUGGCUAAGGGAUUAAGGUUUAAGAUCUUGAGGGUAAAGCCGUUCAAGGUUAAGAUGCAAGGCCCCGACGGCGGCCGGAAAGGGCCACUUAUGGUGACCGCCGAGGUGUUCAAGGUGGCGCCGGAGGUAACGGUGGUGGAGUUCUCCAAGUCGUCCGGCGACACGUUGGAGUACAAUAGGUUUUGUGAGGAGGAAGCUAGGCCGGCAUUGAAAGACAUUGUUUGGGCAUGGCAAGGUGGCACUAGCAGCAUCAAUGCUAAUGGUGAAUGCACAAAAUAACUUAUUUCUUUCCUCUUAAUCAUUCCACUUCUUUAAAGUUUUUAUCAAAAAAAAUAUAUAUAGUUUUGCUGUUUCAAUGAU